AUGGCCAAUGGUUAUCAUGACGAUAGUAUUAUCGACGGCACGAGUAAUCACGAGGCAUAUACUUUUUACAACUGGGGUGGAAUCGAUAUAUUCUGCUAUUUCAGUCAUCACUUAGUCACCAUCCCGCCUUUAGGGUGGAUCAAUGUUGGUCAUGCCCACGGGGUUAAAGUGAUCGGGACGCUUAUAACCGAAUGGGCCGAAGGCGUCGCUUUCUGGGACAAGGUUUUGGAGUCCGACGUGAAGAUGCAGAACUUCGCGAGCGCCCUCGUCGCCAUCGCGAAAACACUUAAGUUCGAUGGAUGGUUGUUGAACGUCGAGAACAAGACUUCUAAGCCGAACCAGCUAAUAGAGUUCGUGCGGCUGCUACACUCGGUGCUGCACCAGGAGUUGGUGGAGCCCGUUCUCAUCUGGUACGACAGCGUCACCGUGGACGGGCACCUCAACUGGCAGAACUGCUUAAACGCGAAGAACAGGGCGUUCUUCGACGCGUGCGACGGCAUCUUCACCAACUACUCGUGGUCCGAGGCGGACGUGAGGGCGAGCGCCGCCGAGGCCGGCGAGCGGCUGGUCGACGUGUUCGUCGGCAUCGACGUGUGGGGACGCAACUUCUACGGUGGCGGACAGUUCAACACGCAGGAGGCGGUGAAGCUGGCGCACGCGUACGGCUGCUCGCUGGCGGUGUUCGCGCCCGCGUGGACGCACGAGGCGCUGGCGGACGAGUCGUGCGACGUGCAGCUGGCCGCCGGCGUGGCCCACUACCGGCUGUUCCUGCUGCGCGAGCGCGCCCUCUGGGCCAGCCUGUGGCCCUUCCUCUCCACGCGCCUGCCGCGCCGCUUGCCCUUCGCCACCUCCUUCUGCCGCGGCCAGGGCCCCAAGCGCCGCCUCUACGGCGAGGUUAUAUGUCCCGGGCCGUGGUACAACCUGCGCCACAUGCAGUACCAGCCGAACUCGUCGCACGGCCCCCACGGCUACAUGCUGUCGGUCCUGGAGAACAUCCUCGCCGCGUCCAGGCACGGGCUGUUCAAGGACAAGGCGGGAAUCGUCCGCUGCCGGCGCUCCCUCGAGCUCAGCAGGAACGAGAUAACGUCCAAAGGGCCAAAAGACGGCGAGGGAUCGGGUCUGGCGGCCGACGACGAAGUGCGAGCGGUCGACGCCACCCCCGAAGAGGGCGGCGUCAAGGACAACCAGCUCGAACAGAAGCCGAAGACCCGGAAGGUCUCGGACGCCUUCAGGAAUCUGUUCAAGAUCAAAUUCUCCAAAGCGGCGGAGGACGAAUCGCGCGAGUCAACCGACGAGUCGACGUCCAGCCUGCGCCAGGCGUCCAACAAGUCCAUGAUCCAGACGUCGGUGAACCUCCGGCUGGGGCAGAACACGGCCAAAGUCCGCCUAGCGCUGGCCCCUCUGCCGGGCGAGCUGGAGUGCCUGGAGCCGUUCUUCGAGGACAGCUUCGUCGGCGGCUCCUGCCUCAAGGUCAACCCGUCGGACAAGGUGUACCCCGAGCACCGCCUCAUCAGGCUGUUCCACAGCGACCUGCCCUUCGGCCGCGCCCUGGUCGCGUGCGUCGUCACCAAAACGCUGCCCACCGCCCCCGACCAGGCCCUGGACGUGGAGCUGCGCGCGGUCGACCCCGAACGGCGCCAGCUCAAGAUAGUCCUGGUAGGAGACCACACGGUUCCGAGGGAGCUCGCCGAGAGGACGGCGCCCGACGAGACGGUCGUCCGCCUCUUCCCAGUCACCCCGAACUCUGUCGGAUUCAGGGACAUCCAGAAGUAUCUGCUGCUCAACCAGCCCGGCUUCUACGUGCCCGUGGAGAACUCGUUCGGCUGGAGAGUUCGGUACUAUACAGUGGAGGUACCGGACUUGCGAGUGGUGUCGAUAGACUGCCGCACCGGCCAAGCGGAGGGUCCGAUACUGCUUGGCCACUUUGGCCUCUGCCAGCGCUCUGAGGAUACAGAUGGC